AAAGCUUUUAAAGAGACCAGACAGACAGCGGGAAGCUGCUACACUUUAUUGAUUUCUUAUAAUUUUUUGCUGUUGAUAUUAGAAGACUGGAACAUGGCAGUUUAUCUCUAAUAGCGCUGACUCACGCCGUAGCCUGUUGGCAUCUCAGCAUUAAAAGCCAGCGAGUCAGAGACUGGAGCAUAGCGCCUUCUUCCACACAUUGCUGAGGGAUGCUGCUUUACUGCCCCACUGCUCUGUACUCAACUCUUACUUGCACACUACAGUCUCUCAGUCAUCUGUCUAAUACUUGCCACCUUAAAAUACUUCUCUGUUUGUUUGAUGUACUUAUCUGACAUUCAGGGCAGCUUUGAGGCUGAGUCUCUCUCUUUUCUUUCAUUUAUUGUUUGAGUAUGUCUGAUGCCGUGUUGGCACAUCUGAUUGGGUAUGCAGACUCUGUACUGAGCAUGCCAGCCUGUGACAGGGACUGCAAUGCAGAGCUGCUCUCCUGGCACACACCAUUUGUCUGCCCUUAAUGUAAAUAAUCCUGAGCACAGAACUGAUCAUGGCAGAGAUGGCUUCUGAUGGAUUAUCUGUCUGCACACGUUCGGGUUGGUGCAUGCAGGGUGCACACUCCCGUUCUUGUAUUUUUUUCGUGUGGUGAUGCUCAAAUAAAAGUGAGCCAUUGCACUCUCUCGCUCUCUCUUUCUGUCUUGCCUGUCUUUUGUCUCCAUCGCACAUGAACACGUUUACUCUCUGCAGGGCAGUUAUCCGCAUCAGGCUCUCUCUCUUUCUCUGUUUCUCUCUCUCUCUCUCUCUCUCUCUCUCUCUCUCUCUCUCUCUCUCAUUCUGUGUCCUUAAAUGACUUUCCUUCAGUCUCACUCCCUCCCCCUCUCUCCCUAGUCUCUGUGUCUGUGCCUAUAGCCUCUCUCCCCCUUUCUGUGACAUACAGUAGAUGGUGCAUUGAUUGCACAUAGACGCUUGCUUUCCCUCUCGCUGGCUCAGUUCUGUGCGGGGAGGAAGAGGACGGAUUGAGACAUAUCUCUCUGCUUCUCAAGCUACCUUUCCUUAUGCUGAGCUGCUGUGAGGAGCCUGUCUACAUUCUCUCUCUCAUCUCGGAAGAUUCUGCUAUAGAGAUGUCUGGUGAGAACGUCCUGUCUUCACCAGAGAUCUGAAACGGGCAUUAUGUCUCAGCUCUUGCACAUGGAGAUCCCAAACUUCGGCAGCACUGUUCUGGACAGCCUGAAUGAACAGCGGCUGCUGGGCCAACACUGCGAUGUGGCCAUCAUGGUCAACGGACAGGCCUUCAAGGCCCACCGCGCUGUUUUGGCGGCCAGCAGCCUCUACUUCCGUGAUCUUUUCAGUGGUAGUGCCCAGACGCUCUUUGAGCUGCCCUCGUCUGUGGCCUCAUCCUGCUUCCAGCAGAUUCUCUCAUUCUGCUACACGGGCCGGAUGACGGUGAGUGCCAGCGAUCAGCUGAUGGUCAUGUACACCGCAGGCUACCUUCAGAUCCAGAACAUCGUAGAGCGAGGAAUGGACCUCAUGUUCAAAGCCAGCGCUCCAUACUGCGACUCGCAGACAUCUGCCACAGACGAUCCCCCGAGCCCAAACAACAACAACUCCUCCUUGUUGCUAGGCGACCAGCCCACAACUGUCUGCAAGAUCAAGGAAGAGAAGCUGGAGGCCCUGGUGUGUGGUCAGAAUGGGGAGCUAAAGCACUCUGAUGAGGACAGGAGACCUAGGGGCAGAUCUUCAAGGAAUGGCACUCUUUUCUACACAAGUGGAGGCGUAAAUGGGGUCAUACCUGUGAUGCAUGCUUACGAGCUCUCAACCCGAGAUCAUGCCAGUCCCGGUGCCUCUAGCCUCCCGACCACAGACAGUCCAACUUCACACCAAAACGAGGAGGAGGAUUUUGAAGACGACUCAUACGAGAGCCUGACAAAUGGGAAAAUCUUUGGGGGCUCGUCUGGGAUCUUUGGCUUGAAAGAGAAGAUGGAGGUGUCCUCCCUGCCUCUGUCCUUGGAAAACCGUUUCUGUGUGCUGUUAGGAGGAGACAGAGAGGCUCUGCCUGCCGGACUCAUCAGCCAGAUCGGCUACCGUUGCCACCCUGCUCUCUACACAGAGGGCGACCCUGGAGAGAGACUGGAGCUAAUUGCAGGAUCUGGUGUCUUCAUGACUCGUGGGCAGCUGAUGAACUGUCACCUCUGCGCUGGGGUCAAACACAAAGUCCUGCUGAGACGCCUCCUAGCUGCUUUUUUUGACAGGAACACACUGGCUGACAGCUGUGGGACUGGAAUACGUUCCUCCAACUGUGAUCCGAAUCGCAAACCAUUGGACAGUCGCAUACUCAACACAGUGAAACUCUACUGUCAGAACUUUGCCCCUAACUUCAAAGAAAGUGAGAUGAACGUGAUUGCUGCUGACAUGUGCACCAAUGCCCGGAGAGUUCGCAAGCGCUGGCUCCCCAAGAUCAAGGCCAUGCUUCCAGAGGCAAUCGAGGUGUACAGGGGGACUGCAGUCCUGAGCCAUGUGGAAGGAGCUACCCAGCCAGGCAGUGGCUUUCCUUUUGAGUCAGAGUUCAAACACCUGGCAGCGUCAAAUCUGACUCUGGAGCAACACUUCUAUGGAGACUGCAGAGAGACACUGAGGAAUGGCUCUCACUUCAGUAUGGAAGAGAGGUCCAAAAAAGGUGAAGAAGUCAAGACUGAGCCAAGCCGGGCCAAAGAGUCAGACAACAUGCAGGAAGUUGAAAAGCUUCCGGAAAGUCCCGAGAGGGCGGCCGGUGUGCUUGCCCUCAACCAUGCUAGCAAGAAAGGGGAAAAAGAGCGUGCAACUAGCAGCCCCAGUUCACAGAGAGAGGAACAGAACAGACAGAGACCACUAGAAGACAAUCAGUGAUUUCCUCCAUUUAUCAUUUCAUACUAUUAAAAACUGGUCUGCAGCUUAUCACACCAAAAAGGAUUAAUAUCACUAAAAGCCUAUCUUCCAUGCCACUAAACAUCACAUUAAAGCUGCAUGAUCAUGGGAAAUGGACUCCAGGAUAGACUGAAAAAAGUCUGCAUUAAAUUCAGUUGUGAUUACAAGUUUACCUACCCCUUACA